AUGGACGACUCGAGCAAUCCUUCUCACACAACUGAAUUUUCUCCCGAAGCAGGAAAAAUACAUGGAACUACUUCUACAGAAAAUAUUAACGACAAUCAUGGGUCUAUUUUCGAUGAGUUACAAUCUCCGGUUGGCGGCUCACUUUUUGAUUCUGACUCCGAUUCAUCCGAGGAUGAAGAACUAGAGCCAGUGUCAUACAUCCCUGAAUGUCCUUCCCAAAUGAAGCCACAUAUUGGCCAGGUUUUUCAUACCUUGGAUGAUGCUACAGUCUUCUAUAAUAAAUAUGCACGACAGGUAGGGUUUGACACCCGUAAACGUGGAUCUAAAAGGGUUGGAGAUCUGGUCACAUGGCUAUACGUUGUGUGUAGUAGAGAAGGUGAGAAGCGAGUGAAUUAUAAACAGCCUGAGACUAAACGUAGACGUUCACCUAGAAAGUGUCUUUGUAAGGCUAAAGUUGCUUUUAAGUUUUGCAAGGGUACUGGUUAUGUUGUUAAACAGUUUGAAGAUCGACAUAAUCACGAUAUGGUUCAAUUACGUCACAAGCGAUUUAUGAGGCUCAAUCGCAAUAUCGACCCAGUGCAUCAGAAAUUCAUAGCAGAUUGCGCAAGUGGUUUGGAUUACGUCGGAUGCACCAUUGUCGAGGUUCGCAACUAUAGGCGUGAUCUUAGAGCAUAUGUGGAUGGUGCUGAUGCGCAAAUGGUAUUAAAUGAUAUGAAGCGGGAGAAGGAGAUAUGCUCGUCGUUCACCUACGACUUUGAGGUAUUUGCACCAUUCACGGGCAAAGACAAUCAGGGCAGACCCGUUACAUUUGGUGCAGGAUUGUUAUCGAAAGAGAAUGCUCUUUCUUUCGAAUGGUUGUUCGAAAAGUUUGUUAAAUGCAUGGGCGCUGCUCCCAAAUUGAUCAUUACUGAUCAGGAUUUGGGAAUGAAGGUGGCUGUUGAUAGUGUUCUAGUUGAUAUAAGACAUCGAUGGUGCAUGUGGCACAUCAUGUUUAAGGUCGUUGAAAAAUUGCCCAAGAAUUAG